AUGUCUCUACCGUUGAAAGCCAAGGUCUCUGUCAGAGACAACUGGACAAACUCCGAUAGCCCUGCGCAAAAGGCCAUCAAGGCCCUUAAGGAAGUGCUCGGCCUCGAGGUUCACUGUGAGCCCGAAUGGCCGAUUCUCGUCUCCGAGCUGGACAAUGUCUGGGAGGACAAGAACCAGCUCAUCGCCUCGGUGGCAUCUUUUCUGCAGACCUGGUUCCAGGUUCUGACCGAGUUGCUUGAUGACGAGAGUCAAGAAGAGUGGGCGGAUAAGCUGUUGACCAAGAUCAAUGAGCUUUGCUCUAGGUUGAACCUGAUUGUCGAGAUUUCUGAGAGUGUGCAUGCCUCUACACAAUGGUCCGAUGGACGCCUAGGCUUUGUGCUUUCUCUACCCAACACUCAGGUCUACCAGCCAGCACAAUUUGCCGGCGUCUUCAAAGAGCAGCUCCUCGACUGCUUCGAAGCCAAGAAGCCCUCCAAGCCACUACCCAUUCACUCCACUACCGGAGAUGAGUGGGCUGACGUCGGCGUCGAGGAAGCCGUAGAGCAGCCUGCGAAGCAGCCACAGACAAAGAGCCAGCCAUCGACUGUGGAUUAUCUGCCUGAUCCCAACACCAUGCCCAAGCCUGGCACUCUUCUUCAAAAGACUCCUUACCAUCUCUUUGUCUAUGCGGCUGGAAAGAACAAGAUCGAGAUUGAGUCUAGUCACAGCCAGACUCUCGAGGUUCUGUCCGAGUACCUCAAGAGAUGGUGCAGAAUCAACCCAAAUCUGACGACCAAGCCCCCUGCGGUAGAGAUCGAGCUGAACCAUGGAACUUCUGGCUUCGGAGUGUCCUAUGACAGACUCACUUUGUUUUGCGAGAAUCGGUAUGGAAGCGUCUUUACCAUCUCGGCUACCAUGAUCUUGAAUUUGGUCGAGGGCGUUUUUGGUUACCAGCAGGUUUAUAGCGAUGCAUGCACUUGGCACUAUCGCAGGGACACACCAUUCAAGAAGGUGUAG